AUGCACAAUUAUAAUAAUAACAAGACUAGAUCAGCCUCCCCCAAGAUCCCACGAGGCCCUGACUCAACCUCCUACGACCAUUUCCCCGUCCCCAUUACUUCCCACCCCGCCGGCUACUAUGACACCGGCUCCGUCCUCCCCAACUUCGACAACGGCAAUGUCACCCAUUACUACGGCAACGGCAAUGACAACAGUCAUGAACGAGACGCCAACGGGCAUGGGCGAGACGCCAACGGGCAUGGGCGAGACGCCAACGGGCAUGGGCGAGACGCCAACGGGCAUGGGCGAGACGCCAUGGGCCUGUGGAGAGACGCCAUGGGCCUGGGGAGAGACGCCAUGGGCCUGGGGAGAGACGCCAUGGGCCUGUGGAGAGACGCCAUGGGCCUGUGGAGAGACGCCAUGGGCCUGGGGAGAGACGCCAUGGGCCUGUGGAGAGACACCAUGGGCUUGGGGAGAGACGCCAAGGUCCUGGAGCGAGACGCCAAGGACCUGGAGCGAGACGCCAAGGACCUGGAGCGAGACGCCAAGGACCUGGAGCGAGACGCCAAGGACCUGGAGCGAGACGCCAAGGACCUGGAGCGAGACGCCAAGGUCCUGGAGCGAGACGCCAAGGUCCUGGAGCGAGACGCCAAGGACCUGGAGCGAGACGCCAAGGUCCUGGAGCGAGACGCCAAGGUCCUGGAGCGAGACGCCAAGGUCCUGGAGCGAGACGCCAGGGACAUGGAGCGGGACGCCAGAGACCUGGAGAGAGACGCCAGGGACCUGGAGCGAGACGCCAGGGACCUGGAGCGAGACGCCAGGGACCUGGAGCGAGACGCCAGGGACCUGGAGCGAGACGCCAGGGACCUGGAACGAGACGCGAGGGACCUGGAACGAGACGCGAGGGACCUGGAACGAGACGCCAGGGACCUGGAACGAGACGCCAGGGACCUGGAACGAGACGCCAGGGACCUGGAACGAGACGCCAGUGGCCUGGAACGAGACGCCAGUGGCCUGGAACGAGACGCCAUCGACCUGGAUCGUGACCCCACGGACUUGGAUCGUGACCCCACGGACCUGGAACGAGGCGCCAUCGACCUGGAUCGAGACGCCAGGGACCUGGAUCGAGACGCCACGGACCUGGAGCGAGACGCCACGGACCUGGAGGGAGACGCCAAGAACAUGGAGCGAGACGCCAAGAACAUGGAGCGAGACGCCAAGAACAUGGAGCGAGACGCCAAGAACAUGGAGCGAGACGCCAAGAACAUGGAGCGAAACGCCAAGAACAUGGAGCGAGACGCCAAGAACAUGGAGCGAGACGUCUGGAACCUGGAACGAGACGUCUGGAUCCUGGAACGAGACGUCAUGGGCCCCGGGCGAGACACCAGACCCAUAUUUCGUCUCCUACUACGACAAUGGCUCCUCCUCCAACUACGACAAUGGCUCCUCCUCCUACUACGACAAUGGCUCCUCCUCCUACUAAGACAAUGGCUCCUCCUACGACAACGGCCUGGAGUGAGACGGAAACGGACGGGGCUCAGACUCACCAACCAUCAAGGGUUGACAUGUGACGUCUCACUUUGA